GUUUCUUCGUCUUCCUCCACCUUAAACCCAUUACCCUUACUCCAGCACAGUACCCAUCUUCAAAAGCGUUCCAGACCUGCACCGUUACCAUGGAGGUUCUACUUGGCAUCACAGGCAGAGACUUUGUCAUUCUAGCAGCGUCAAAGGCUGCUAUGAGAGGCCCGACUAUUCUCAAAGCUGAAGAUGAUAAGACAAGGCAACUGAACGAGCACACUCUUGUCGCUUUCUCCGGAGAGGCGGGAGACACCGUACAAUUUGCCGAAUAUGUUCAAGCUAAUGUUCAGCUAUACACAAUGCGGAAUGAUACCGAGCUGUCCCCGAAUGCCGUCGCGAACUUUGUUCGAGGAGAGCUGGCACGAAGCCUACGUUCGCGGAACCCCUACACAGUCAAUCUCCUUUUGGGUGGUGUAGACCCUAUCUCUCAGAAACCACACCUUUACUGGAUUGAUUAUCUCGCGUCAUUGGCCAGUGUUCCAUAUGCCGCCCAUGGCUAUGCUCAGUACUACUGUCUAUCAACCCUUGACAAGCACCAUCACCCCGACAUCACCCUGGAACAAGGCAUGAAGCUGUUAGAAAUGUGCACAGAUGAGUUGAAGCGGCGGCUGCCGAUCGAUUACAAAGGGGUCCUGGUCAAAGUAGUGACCAAGGAUGGCGUGAGGGUGGAGGACUUUGACAAUAACCGAAUCGUCAAAAGUGCUUAGUAUAUGAUAACAAGCAUUUUAUGUUUUCCGGUAUCAUUUCCGACAUUUUGGGCCUGGGGUUUCUGAAAUGAUUGCUUGCAUUUGACUCCGGUGUAGUCUUUCGGCCGAGGAUGGCUGCUAGGUAGACAAUAAAUGAAAUGACAUGACACGUAUUC